CCUGUUCAAAACAUGACCACAACGCCUGUACCAACUACAUCCAAUACUACAGAACAUGCUUCAACUGAAGAGGCAACUCCUGAGCGCUCAACCGCUAACCAAGCCACUACUGCUUACUUACCUGAAACAACUGUACCUGUUGGAAACACUCCCUCAACACCAGUACCAACUAUGUUCAAUACCACAGUGCAUGUUUCUACUGAACACCUAACCUCUGACCCAGUGACUACUGUACCUGUUCAAAGCAUUAUCUCAUCGUCUGCACCAACUACCACAGAACAUGCUUCAACUGAAACGUUAACGACUGGAUACUCAACUAGAGAGGAAGCAACUACUGGUUACUUACCUACAAGUGCUUCUGCUUCAAACGUCCAAACCAGUCCCUCAACACCAGUACCAACCACAUUCAAUACCACUGAACAUGCUUCAACUGAACAGUUAACUACUGAACACCUAACCUCUGACCCACUGACUACUGUAACUGUUCAAAAACCAAUUACAUUCAAUACCACAGAACAUGCUUCAACUGAAAUGUUAGCUACUAGAUACUCAACUAGAGAGAAAGUGACUACUGGUUACUUAUCUACAAGUGCUUCUACUGUCCCUGUCAAAAACAGUCCCUCAACACCAGUACCAAAUACAUUCAAUACCACAGAACAUGCUUCAACUGAAAUGUUAACUACUGAACACAUAACCUCUGACCCAGUGACUACUGUACCUGUUCAAAAACCAACUACAUUCAAUACCACAGUAAAUGUUACUAAACAGUUGACUACUGAACGCCUAACGUCUGACCAAGCGACUAUUGAACCUGUUCAAAGCAAUAUUUCUAUGCCUGUACCAACUUCAUUGAUUUCCACAGAACAUUCUUCAACUGAACAGUUAGCUAAUGAACACCUAACCUCUGACCCAGCAACUCCUGUACCUGUUCAAAGCAAUAUCUCAAUGCCUGUACCAACUACAUUAACUAGAGAGCAAGCAACUACUGGUUACAUACAUACAAGCACUACUUUCAAUACCACAGUACGUGUUUCUACUGGACAGCUGUCUACCAGACUCCUAACCUCUGACCCAGCAACUCCUGUACCUGUUCAAAGCAAUAUCUCAAUGCCUGUACCAACUACAUUAACUAGAGAGCAAGCAACUACUGGUUACAUACAUACAAGCGCUACUUUCAAUACCACAGUACGUGUUUCUACUGGACAGCUGUCUACCAGACUCCUAACCUCUGACCCACUAACUACUGUACCUGUCCAAGACAGGACCUCAACGCCUGUACCAACUACAUCCAAUACCACAGUGCAUGUUUCUACUGAACACCUAACCUCUGACCCACUAACUACUGUACCUGUUCAAAACAUGACCACGACGCCUGUACCAACUACAUCCAAUACUACAGAACAUGCUUCAACUGAAGAGGCAACUCCUGAACGCUCAACCGCUAACCAAGCCACUACUGCUUACUUACCUGAAACAACUGUACCUGUUGGAAACACUCCCUCAACACCAGUACCAACUAUGUUCAAUACCACAGUGCAUGUUUCUACUGAACACCUAACCUCUGACCCAGUGACUACUGUACCUGUUCAAAGCAUUAUCUCAUCAUCUGCACCAACUACCACAGAACAUGCUUCAACUGAAAUGUUAGCUACUAGAUACUCAACUAGAGAGAAAGUGACUACUGGUUACUUAUCUACAAGUGCUUCUACUGUCCCUGUCAAACACAGUCCCUCAACACCAGUACCAAAUACAUUCAAUACCACAGAACAUGCUUCAACUGAAAUGUUAACUACUGAACACAUAACCUCUGACCCAGUGACUACUGUACCUGUUCAAAAACCAACUACAUUCAAUACCACAGUAAAUGUUACUAAACAGUUGACUACUGAACGCCUAACGUCUGACCAAGCGACUAUUGUACCUGUUCAAAGCAAUAUUUCUAUGCCUGUACCAACUUCAUUGAUUUCCACAGAACAUUCUUCAACUGAACAGUUAGCUAAUGAACACCUAACCUCUGACCCAGCAACUCCUGUACCUGUUCAAAGCAAUAUCUCAAUGCCUGUACCAACUACAUUAACUAGAGAGCAAGCAACUACUGGUUACAUACAUACAAGCGCUACUUUCAAUACCACAGUACGUGUUUCUACUGGACAGCUGUCUACCAGACUCCUAACCUCUGACCCACUAACUACUGUACCUGUCCAAGACAGGACCUCAACGCCUGUACCAACUACAUCCAAUACCACAGUGCAUGUUUCUACUGAACACCUAACCUCUGACCCACUAACUACUGUACCUGUUCAAAACAUGACCACAACGCCUGUACCAACUACAUCCAAUACUACAGAACAUGCUUCAACUGAAGAGGCAACUCCUGAGCGCUCAACCGCUAACCAAGCCACUACUGCUUACUUACCUGCAACAACUGUACCUGUUGGAAACACUCCCUCAACACCAGUACCAACUAUGUUCAAUACCACAGUGCAUGUUUCUACUGAACACCUAACCUCUGACCCAGUGACUACUGUACCUGUCCAAAACACGACCUCAACGCCUGUACCAACUCCAUCCAAUACCACAGUGCAUGUUUCUACUGAACACCUAACCUCUGACCCACUGACUACUGUACCUGUUGGAAACACUCCCUCAACACCAGUACCAACUAUGUUCAAUACCACAGUGCUUGUUUCUACUGAAGAGGCAACUCCUGAACGCUCAACCGCUAACCAAGCCACUACUGCUUACUUACCUGCAACAACUGUACCUGUUGGAAACACUCCCUCAACACCAGUACCAACUAUGUUCAAUACCACAGUGCAUGUUUCUACUGAACACCUAACCUCUGACCCACUGACUACUGUACCUGUUCAAAACAGUCCCUCAACGUCAAUACCGAGUACAUUCAACAGAACAGACCAAGUUUCAACUGAACAGUUAACUACUGAACACCUAAAUACAGAAAGUGCACCUACUGUACCUUUUCAAAGCAUUAUCUCUACGUCUGUACCAACUACCACAGAACAUGCUUCAACUGAACAGUUAACUACUGAACACUCAACUACAGAGAAAGUGACUACUGAUUUCUCACCUACAAGUGCUUCUAAUGCUCAUUUCCAAAACAUUUCCUCAACGUCUUUACCAAGUACAUUCAAUACCACAGUGCAUGUUUCAACUGAAGAGGCGACGACUAAACACCGUACUACUGAGAAUGUAAAACAUCAAUCAACAACUGAGACUGCAGACACAGAAAUGCAACACAGCAUGACACAAGUGACUACUGAACAUACUCCUGCCCUACAUAUAACCACAGUGGCUGAGACUGCUCCAUACAGUACAACAGAGCCUGUCAGCCUCUCCACUGUUAUGCCAAAUGAAAACAGGCAAGGUUUAAGUCCAGACAACCUGAUAUUGAUCCAUGAGAACAUGACGUGGAACGAGGCCCUGAGCUACUGCAGAGAGCACCACGUUGACCUGGUCUCGAUCACCACAGAGCUGCUUCAGUACUGGGUGACAGAGAGGGCUGCCAACGCCACCUCAUCCCACGUCUGGGUGGGCCUGCGCUUCACCUGUUCAUUCCACUUCUGGUUCUGGAUCAGGUCUGAUGCAGGCUGCUACCAGAACUGGGCCCCCGGGCACGGCUCAGACAGCCAGCAGGACUGUGGGAUUGCAGGGGCUGUAGAGACCACCGGGAGGCAGCAAUGGGUUAGUCUGGAGGAGAACCAGAGGCUCAACUUCAUCUGCUACAAAUGUUCUGGGGACAGUGGUGAGGGGUUGAUACAUCCCUGAUUCGGACAAUGUAUGUUUCUUGUGCAACGUGAAAAAUGUACACUACCGUUCAAAAGUUUGGGGUCACUUAGAAAUGUCCUUGUUUUUGAAAGAAAGCACAUUUUUGUCCAUAAAAUAACAUCAAGUUGAUCAGAAACAAAGUGUAGAUAUUGUUAAUGUUGUAAAUGACUAUUGUAGCUGGAAAUGGCAGAUUUUCUAUGGAAUGUCUACAUAGGUGUACAGAGGCCCAUUAUCAGCAACCAUUACUCAUGUGUUCCAAUGGCACGUUGUAUUAGCUAAACCAAGUUUAUCAUUUUAAAAGGCUAAUUGAUCAUUUGAAAACUCUUUUGCAAUUAUGUUAGCACAGCUGAAAACUGUUGUUCUGAUUAAAGAAGCAAUAUAACAACGAUAGACAGCUGUAUGGGUAUGGUUCUGUAUGUGCUAGUGUGUUAUUGUUGAGUUCUUGUUUGGCACUCCAUUUUAUGAAUAAGAGUUUGCAUUACAUGCUUGGUGCUGCACUGUCUGCCACAAAUGCUACAUUGACACAGCAGUAGAUUGUAUAUUAAACAACUGCUACAUUGACACAUCAGUAGACUGUAUAUUUGUCACGCCUGACCUUAGAGAGACUUUUUUUUGUCUCUAUUUGGUUUGGACAGGGUGUGAUUUGGGUGGGCAUUCUAUGUUCUGUUUUCUAUGUUUUUGUAUUUCUAUGUUUUGGCCGGGUAUGGUUCUCAAUCAGGGACAGCUGUCUGUCGUUGUCUCUGAUUGGGAAUCAUACUUAGGCAGCCUUUUUCCCUUUGAUCAUUGUGGGGAGUUAUCUUUGUUAGGGGCACUAUAGCCCUUGUAAGCUUCACGGUCGUUUUUGUUAUUUCUUGUUUUUUUGGCGACAUUUUAACAAAUAAAAUAAAAUGUAUGCUCA